UUGACCUUGAUGAACACAGAUUGCUUUCACUUAACCGGCGCAGGUGCGUUGAGUGCGCGACGCCGCGCAGCUGAGCGAGUCCACGUAUAUGGCGGCACGCUGACGCAUUUCAUGCAGAACACCACAGAGGAAGGAUAUUGCAGCUGAUGGGCUUCUUUGCCUUUGCUUUCGUGUGUGUGUGUGUGACGGGAGCUCGUCCGAUGGUCAUCUUCGUACAUCGUUCAGGAGCGUUGCUGAAGUGAUUUGAUUCGGAGACCCGUAUCGGAAUUUGACCGCCGUGUCAUUGGACAGCAGUCGUAGUUUCAGCAGCUUAGAGGCGUCUUCUGGACGGCGGAGACGAGGACAAGUAAAGAGAGAAGAAGAAGAAGAAAGAGAGCACUGUCCGCUUCACUAUCUCCAUCUGCUCUCUGGUCAGCCUGGCAUGAGGACCACAACCCCGCUGUGUUCCGUGUAAAGAGGCAAGCGGGGCGGCAGUUAUUUCGGCUCUCAAGGACGCAAAGAAGUGGCCGCCAACUGUGAUCGGGAGCAUGGAGCGGGACGACACCGACACCGGGAGCGCGUCCAAAAAGACAAUACUUAAUAAGAUAUUUAAAGUUCGCAAGAGGAGGGAGAUGCUUUUCGUCCAGGUGUGCUUCAUCUGCAGUGCCCUCUUCGUGGCGUGGAGCAUGUCGGCGUUGUUUACCAAGACAGGCCAUGGGAUGAUUGUGGAGGGACAUGCGGACUCUGAACACUGGGGCAGACGGCUAUUGGCUUCAGUACCAGACAACGAAACGGAGCAGAACUGUUCAGCACCAGCAAUACACGAGUUCCCCAAUGACCUGUUCACCAAUGAUGAACGUAAGAGCGGGGCCCUUCUGUUCCACAUCGCAGCGGCACUCUACAUGUUUCUGGCCCUCGCCAUAACAUGCGAUGAAUACUUUGUGACAUCGCUGGAGAAGAUCUGUGAGAAAAUUGAUCUGAGUGAAGAUGUUGCGGGAGCCACCUUCAUGGCAGCUGGCAGCUCUGCACCAGAGCUUUUUGCUUCAGUCAUUGGUGUCUUCAUCACCCACGGCGACGUGGGGGUGGGGACCAUUGUUGGCUCGGCGGUCUUCAACAUCCUUUGCAUCAUUGGUGUCUGCGGGAUCUUUGCUGGACAGGUGGUGGUUUUGACCUGGUGGGCAGUUUUCAGGGAUUCCUUCUACUACACGCUGGCUAUUUUGGCUUUAAUUGCAUUCAUCUACGACGGGAAGAUAGUUUGGUGGGAGAGUUUGAUACUGGUGCUCAUGUAUGCUGGAUACAUCCUUGUCAUGAAAUUCAACACCAGCAUGCAGAGGUUUUUCAUGGGCUCGAAGCCGAACAAGAACGUGUCGAACGGUAACGCUGCAGCCAGCAGUGAGAUGGAAGACGGUAAUACUAGUUAUGACUAUGUUUGGGAUGACGACCCGUCAUUGCCUUUAAUCUCAUCAGUUAAGCCCACUGAGGCUUACAGCCGUGGAUCAGUGGUGAUGGUGGACGAGAUCAUGAACGACAGCCCUUCAAAGUUCCGGUUCCCAGAAGCUGGCCUCCGUGUCAUGGUCACCAGCCAUUUUGGACCUAAGACCCGCCUGCGCAUGGCCAGUCGCCUCAUCAUUACCGAGCGCCAGAAGUUGGUCCAAGCGGCUAAUGGAGUGGAGACGCAAGUGAUUGACGGGAAGGUUGAAAUCGAGAAUGGAAACGUGCCAGAGGACAAACCCAGCGAAGAGCCAGAAAACGAAACUAUCUCGCCGUUUCAUAUUCCAAGGGGCAUCGGCAGCAAGUUGAAGUGGCUGAUCUCGUGGCCCCUGCUCCUGCUGCUCUUCUUCACCGUCCCCAACUCUGGCAAGCCUCGCUGGGAGAGGUUUUUCAUGCUCUCCUUCAUCAUGUCCACCGUAUGGAUUGCCGUCUUCUCCUACUUUAUGGUCUGGAUGGUGACUGUAAUCGGCUACACUCUGGGAAUUCCCGAUGUCAUCAUGGGCAUCACUUUCCUGGCAGCAGGCACCAGCGUCCCAGACUGCAUAGCCAGCCUCAUUGUGGCUCGGCAAGGUCUGGGAGAUAUGGCCGUGUCCAACACUAUCGGCAGUAAUGUGUUUGAUAUCCUCGUGGGACUCGGGGUUCCCUGGGCAAUACAGACCAUAUGUGUCAGCUAUGGAUCGGAGGUGAUGAUCAACAGUCGCGGCCUGGUGUACUCGGUGGUGCUUUUGCUGGGCUCUGUGGGCCUCACGGUGCUGGGGAUCCACCUGAAUAAAUGGAGGCUGGACGUGAAGCUGGGCAUCUAUGUCCUGGUGUUGUACGCCAUCUUCCUCUGCAUCUCCGUCAUGAUCGAGUACAACGUCUUCACCUUUGUCAACCUGCCCAUGUGCUUUGAGGAUUAGAGCACAGCAGCAUGCCUCUGAUGCCAAAACCUCAACCAUAGCAAUCCCAAAAUGUUUUUUCAUUUCCAAAAUUACUGGACCUAUCUGCAAACUCUUUUUGUUCUCUCUCCGCUCUUUAUUGCAAGCCCUUUCGUCCCAAAUAUGAAUCUUCUUCCCUCAAGAGGCAGUACACGCAGUAAGAGUGGACUUUAUUCUUUGUCUCUAAUUUGUCCUCUCGUCACAUAGUGCCGGUCCUUAAUUCUAUUUAUUUUAGGCAUUGCCUGUUGCAGGAAAGUCUUUAGUUAUUCUGUGCUCCGUUGACUUUCUACCCAUCUAGCAUGCCUUUAGAUGUUGGGGACCUCCAGAAUCAUAAGUGCCCCCUGUUGAUUGUUGGUGUGUGUUUUCACAUUGUAGAUCUCCACUCAAUUUCCAAAGCCUUUUCACAAACCAAACCAGAGUUUGGAACUGAGAAGGGAAGAAGAAAAAAAAAGCGUAUAUACCAACCAAAACCCCCACAUGGAGAGAACUCUCCAUGAACUCACGCCUGAAAGUAUUAGUUACCCCAGCACCCAAAGAACAAGUUCACUUUCCCUCUCGACCCCAUGGAGGCUUUGUCCUUGGCAGCUCGCCAACCCUCUCCAGCCUGGACCCCACUCCCCUAGCAUGGCCUUUGGCAUCAGGGAGCAGAUACUGUUAGCGCUUCACUUAACUCGCCCUCCGCAACUCUCCACUGCCCUCAACUGCUUGAUCAAUUCUGCUGUUUUCUAAAAAAAAAAGAAAAGAAGAAUAAAAAAGACAUUGUCGAGACACUUUGUGUCACUUUGUCCUACAGUCCAGAUGACUGAGGUUGUUGUGCAUCUGCAGCACUGCACAAUGAAAACAUGUAAACACUUUUUUUCUUAAAAAAACCAAGUUUUAGUCUAUUCUGAAACACAGGAGCGCUUGUUGCAAACACGGGACAUUGCCUGUUUUUUUCGUUUUUUUCUCACAAACAAAUUGCACAUGGAAAUGCUUUUCUUGCUUCGUGCUGUAAGGAGAUUUUACCACCCGGAGGGUUAUCUGGCUGGUGGUGGCGGCAACUCCACUCCAGCAUUGUUUUCUUUCAACGACGGGUCAGUCCACUUUUCCCUCUGCACAACUUUAGAACAAAAACUGGCUCCAUAUCUGUGCGACGCAGCGUAUUUCUGUCACCGGGUGACUUGUCAUCUUUAGACUGCGGCAGCAUGGAGAUGGUCGUUUUCAAGAAAAAUGCAAAGAAACCAGUCUGUUCUCAACACUGACUGUCUGCUCUAACACUCCCCUGGCCAGCAGGGGUACCGCAGCCCCUCCACACAGGGCGGGGGGGCCAACCACAGCCGACGGUUAUCAGGGAAACUCAGAGAUGGACAACUCCAGCAGAUAGCGACGGUGAUGGUCUCUUGAUUUUGAGUUACAUGUAGAUAUUGCACUUUAACAGCCGUCCUCUCAUUCUGAAUCAACUAGUGCUUCCUUUUUUGUGUGUAUUUUCGGUGUAUAUGUGACCGUGUGAGAACAAUUUGUGUGCGUGUGUGCGCGCUCGGUACGGGCCCACGCUAGGUUUCCCCAUAACGGGCUCUCAACUCUGGAACGGAUUGGGACCUCGUUAACACCAUGAGCACACCCGCCUGUGUCUGCAGUGCAUGCUAGGACAUUAAAUGCAGCUCCUCCACAGCAAAAAGGCGGAGGGCUUCUGGGCGUCUCCACGGAAAACCCGCCCGACUCGCUUUACAAAAAUCGGCAGCUACGAGCUACACUGCAAUCCAGACAUCUUGAAAUCAUGCAACGAGGCCCGUGAGGAGUCCACAAGUGAGGUGCAGAGACUGACACGCUCGUGGGGGGGUUUUAAGUGUUGAGAAAUAUUCCUCUGCCACGCUGGUGGCAGCAGGCACUUGUAUAUGCAAUCUCAGUUUAAAGAAUUCUGUGUGACGGGAAGGCCCCUUCAAGGCUGCCAUAUAAAGACGGAGGAUCCUGUGGAGAUGUGAUGUCGGUUUGUCUCGUAGUACUUGAUGUGUGAGCUCACAGGUGUGCGUGCGCGCGUGUUUGCAACGCCCGAACAACUGAUAUCAAAGGGUAGACUUUUCUGGAACUGUCUUUGAGAGAAGCCCCCCCCCCCUCUCUGUCUCCCCUCUUGUCCCCACUUGCACAAGGGCAUUAACUCUCCACCGACCAUGGCUGAAGGAGCAGAGGGGGCAGCAGGGAAUGUAUGGAUGAAUGAAUGGAAGACUUGCCUCCACCGCCCUGGGGCCGUUGCCGGUUUUUUCAAAAGACAUUGAUGAGAGCAGACUUUAAUGUCUGGAGGUGACCACACAGGGCCUACAGACCCCCCCCCCCCACACACACACACACACACACACCAACUGACAUCCUUGUACACCACCCUUCCUCCCCCUAAACCCUUUCAGUGGGUCUUCUGGACAUGCAGGGCCCAGUUCCCCCCCCCCAUGCUUUUUGUGGGCAAGGCACGUCUCUCCUGUACUUGAAUUGAUUCAGAAUGUGCAGUGUUGAGGUUUAAUUUGUGUGUGUAUUUUUGUUGGUCUGUGUGGUCACGUCCUGGUUGCCAGGUUUGAGUGGUAACACAGCGGGGGUGGAAAAAACACUGCUCCUUUUUGGCCUCAUCUUGACACGCGUUCUCACCGGCUGUCUGACUUUCAUCUUGAUGAACAAGUCACUCUUUUUCUUCUUUUUUUUAAAGAGGGGGAAAACAAGUGUGUUAAUCAGAUGCCAUACUUUUCAUUACUCUGCAUACAUCCAGAUUGUAUGAAAUCCCUGUGUUCAAAAUAUGUGCACAUACUUUAGAACACACACACUUUAGAAAUGGCAAUUGAACACGAGAGGACCGGUAUGUAUUUCUUGAUUGAAUGCGACCUGAUGCACUGUGAGCUCAAUGUGAUGUGGGAGUUUGUCAAGAAUAAUACAUGAUACAAAAUAUAUAUAUUUAAUGUAAAGUUAGUUACUAUAAAACAUUACUGAGGACAUCUGUGUAACUUAUAUGAAUGUAUUGUCUUGCUAUACUGGACAUAUCCAACCAAUGCAUUUUACUGUAAAGCAAUAAUGUGAAGAAAAUAAAUAAAUGGC